AUGUCUCUAUAUGCUGCAGCUCAUGCCAACCCCCAGGGCAUCGGUGACGCCCGCCCUACAGCCCUGCAGAUUGUACAAGACAACGACAUGGAAGGCAAACUUGUCGACAAGACGGCUGUCGUGACAGGUGUAUCCUCAGGUGUUGGGAUAGAGAUCGUGCGCGCCCUUGCAGCCACAAGAGCCACCCUCAUCCUAACAGCGCGUAAUCUCGAGAAAGCCCAGGCUGCCCUUGCGGACAUUUACAAACCUGAUACGAUGCACUUUGUGCAUAUGGACCAGUCCUCGCUUUCUAGCGUUCGCACUGCCGGAAAGGAGAUCCUCACCAAAACCGACAACAAGAUCUCCCUACUCAUCGGCAACGCCGGCGUCAUGGCCCUCCAGGAGCGCACACUGACCGAGGACGGCUACGAGGCGCAGUUCGCCACAAACCAUCUCUCACACUUCCUGCUCUUCCAUCUCCUGAGGCCCGCCCUGCUCGCCGGCUCCACUCCCGACUUCCACUCGCGCAUCGUCCUGCUAAGUGGCUCGGUGCACCGUAUCAAGGGCCUCAACAAUGCCGACAACUACCACUUUGAGAAGGGCGGCUACGACCCCUGGACGGCCUACGCGCAGUCAAAGACGGCCAACACGUACAUGGCGAAUGAGCUUGAGCGGCGCUACGGCUCGCGGGGCCUGCACGCGACCUCGGCGCACCCGGGCAACAUCCCGACGGGGCUCGUCCGUCACUUGCCCAAGGAGCAGAUCGAGGCCAUGAAGAAUCCCACGUAUCUGCCCAUCCUAAAGAGCCCCGCUCAGGGUGCUGCCACGCCGCUGGUCGCGGCCGUUGGAAAGGAGUGGGAGGGGAGAGGGGGGAAGUACCUGGCCAACUGUGUAGAGGCACCUGUGGGCGAAGACGAUGGAGACAUUUUCAACCCGAAGACGAGCAGCGUCACGUACAACCCGAAGGAUGAGGCCAGACUCUGGGCUGACUCACUGAAGAUGGUUGGUCUUCCCGACGAUGAAGAUUGA